UAGUUCCCGUAGACGUCGCGCUCGUAACCAAGGCAAUGACGCUCUUGUCGGUUGCCAGGGAAUUCGGAGGCAAAACACUUGAGCUUCCUUAGCUUCAAAUCUGACAGAAAAACCUCCGCGAAGUCGCUCCUGACCCACCCCGAGUUUGAUUAUUAAGCCAAGCGACAUUCCCGUCGUGUAAGCGUCGUCGUCCGUCCCCCCCCCCAGGCAAAAAAAAGGGCUUUAAAUGAGGCGGACAUCGUCCCCUUUCCUGCCAUUUUGAGCCCUCAAGCUAGCUAAAGUUAGCUCCACAGCCACCAUGGCCGAAUUCGGGUGCAACGAGCGCCAUCAGAGCGAGGUGAUCAACUACAUGCGAUAUGCUCGGUCCAAACGUUUGCUGAGACUCAAGACGGUGGAUUCCUGCUUCGAGGAGCUCAAAGACAGCAGGCUGGUGGAGGAGACGUUCACGGUGGACGAGGUGCGCGACAUGCUGGACGGGCUGCACGCGGUGGUGCGCGGCGAGGUCGAGAUGGAGCUCAUCAACACGGCGCACACAAACGUGCUGCUGCUCCGCCAGCUCUUCUCCCAGGCCGACAAGUUCUACCUCCGCCUGCAGACGGACAUCUCCGAGCUGGAGAACAGGGAGCUACUAGAGCAAGUAGCUGAAUUUGAAAAGACUGACUUCAAAGUUUCCGACAAGAUGAACCAGGAGUUCAGCAAACCCAAGUUGGCGCCGCUUAAUGAAGGCGGAGUUUCCGAACUUUUAAACAAGGAGAUUGCAAAACUGCAGGAGGAGAACGACACGCUGAAAGCUAAACUGCGCACUUUAGAAUCACAGGCAAUGAACGUGCUGGACGAGAAGACCAAGGCCCAGAGAGCCCUUAAAGAUCUCCAGAAGGUGCAAGGUGACCAGCAGCUGACGGCUCAAUCCAAGGAGAUCAGCAGUCUGGAGGACACGGUGGCGGCCCUCAAGGAGGACUACGAGCGCUCGCUGACGGUCAACGCCGCCUCCCAGAAGGACCUGCAGGAGAACCUGGUCUCCGCCAAACAUGAGCUCCUGCGCGUGCAGGAGCAGCUGGCCUUAGCGGAGAAGGAGCUGGACAAAAAGUUCCAACAGACGGCGGCCUAUCGCAACAUGAAGGAGAUCCUGACGAAGAAGAACGAGCAGAUUAAGGAAAUUAGGAAACGGUUGCAGAAAUACGAGCCGAAUGAAUGAGUCCCCGUCGCAGGUCGGGCCGCCGCUCGGACGGAGGUUUGGCGAGAACGAAGCAGAACGUACGAUGGGAUUUUGGGACCAGAAAGCUUCAAUCCCGAUGAAAGCAGAAUCAAGCGGCACUUUCCCGAUGACUUGCUUAUUCACGCUCAAUCUGGCUUUUUUUUUUACGCCCCUCGUUGCUUUCUGGCUUUUGGACGAACCGAUCAGAACCUUCCUGUACUGGGUCAGGUAUCCAUUUCUUCAGGGCUGUACGCAAGUUCGGUUAUGCCCCUACAAGGAGACGCCUUCUUUGGACUCUCAGAAUGAACAAACUUGCUCUUGUAAGCCACUUGGUACAUUGAAUUCACCAAAAACCAAAUCCGUUUCCAAGUCCAAGUCCGAUCUUUUUGAAAGUGCUGCAUCUUCGCUUUCCUGUUCUGUUGCUGCUUUGUUAGCUCGACCUCCCCCGAGCCCCCUUCGCUACAUCUACCAACUAGAGACUAUACUGGACGAUGGCCCCCGUCAAUGUAAACCCGAAUCGACAUCGACUAGCCGUGCGAUGUUUUCUCUGCAGUGGCAAAUUAAAAACUGUUUGCAAAUA